AUGGGUUAUCUAUCCGUAACACCUGGCCGGGUCCAAGAGCAACACAACACUCCCGGAUUCAUGACGGCCUUGGCCCAUUACCUGAAUGAUCUUCAACUGCCAGAACUUCGUCUCACAUGCCGCAAGCUCUCUCGAACAUGGCUGCCCAUCGACUGGGUGGACAUUUAUCACAAGUUUCAGUUCACACCUUGUGAGUUGUCGGAUGGGAAGGUUGAGGUCAACGUGGUGAAGGUGAUUCCUGGGUCCUCCGCGAAGGGGAGAAAGAGUCGGUUCAACACCGUCAUUCUGCUUGACAAUGACGAGGCGGAAUCAACUGGUGUCAGAGGUGAACAACCAGCUCACUACAAAUGCAGGCACGAGGGCAGCCAGAGUCAAGGUGGUCUUCAAAUUACCCCAGACUCUACCAGUAUUGCACGGAGGUGGCGGCACGCCCGCAUGGUGGCCGCAAGAGCCCCUUGCAUACGUGGAAUGGUAUGCUCGAUUUUCCCGGGCCCCGGAUCCUACGUGGCACCUCAUGUACUCCGUGAGCAAGCCACCUCCAAGAACUGA